GCUCACUUUGGUACGCCGCUUCUCGGUCUCGCGUGCGGGGUAACGGUUGGGGUUGAGAAACUCUGCACGCCAGGCGGCUGGACGGAAAAGGGUUGACGACAUGGACUAUAUUUGAGAUGAAACUAAAGCUUGUCACUACCGAUAUCGACGACAUAUCAUCUACCUUACCGCCAACGAAGAAGUAAUUGACGUCUUAUCCACAACGCUUGGAGAGACGAUAAUCGCUCCGAAAUAGCUGUGAUCUGGAUCCUCCAACCUCCCUCUGGCUCCAGAAACCCGACGAGCCUUUGAUACAUAUCACAAUGGCGGAGGAAGUGAGAGCACGGGACGUCAAAGGCCUUAGAAAAAAUGGCUCAGUCAACGAUGAAGAAACCGGUGGAUCGCACUCAGAGGCGCCCCUCGAGGUCCACGGAGACGAAGACAUCGUAGCGCGGAUGAACAACCUCGAUCCUCCCGUGACACCAGAGGAAGAGAGACGUGUACGGAGAAAGAUCGAUAUGCGAUUGCCCCCUUUCCUACUCAUCCUCUACAUGUUCACCUGGCUGGACCGCGGGGCGCUGGGGAACGCGGCGCUGAUGGGGAUCAAGGAAGACCUCGGUUUCACAAGCAGAGACUUUUCCCUCGCCGUGAGCAUGUUCUUUGUCGGGACGGCGAUUUCUGACCUGUUUACGAAUAUUGGUAUGAGGUAUAUCCGGCCUUCGGUGUACCUUGCUACGGCGAUGAUCAUCUGGGGUAUCUUUGCGACGCUGCAAGCUGUUGCCGGCGGUCCCAGCGGCAUGUUCGCCAUCCGAUUCUUCCUCGGCAUCUUUGAGGCGGCCUUCAUCUCCGGGGCGCCGUACCUAACGACUGUACUCUAUCCCAGAGCCGAAUGGGGCCGUCGCAUCAGCGUCUACCUCUCAGCAACCCCCCUCGCAGGCGCCUUCGGCGGCUGGGUAGCCUACGGUGUCUCCAACAUCUCUAACGCUCCCAUCAAACACUGGCAAGCCCUCUUCAUCAUCGAAGGCCUCGUCACAAUCGUCUUCGGCGUAGUCUGCAUUUGGGUCCUUCCCGACCGCCCGCACAACACCCGCUGGCUCACGCCGCGCGAGCGCGACAUCGCCACCUGGCGCAUGAUGCGCGACGGGAACCGCACGCACGGAAAAGUCCAUUGGCGCACGACAGCGGCGCAGCUCACGGGGGACUGGCGGCUGUGGGUGAAUAUCACGAUUUACAUGGGCCAGGUGCUGCAGACGUACACGAUUGCGACGUUUACGCCGAUUAUUGUCGCGACGUUUGGGUAUGACAACGUCAAGGCGCAGUUGAUGACGGCGCCACCGUAUUGUGUUGCGUUUGUCAUGGUGUUUGUUGUCGGGUGGGCGAGUGAUCGGGUUAAGUCGUGUUCGGGGCUGUUGGUGGGGUGUUCUGUUGUUGCUGCUGUUGGCGAUUUGCUGCUUGCUAUGUUGCCGCACACGGCUGCGAGUGCGAGGUAUGGCGCGACGUUUUUGAUUCUGUCUGGGAUCUUGUCUGGUGUCACGUUGAGUGUGGGCAAUAUUACGAGUAACUGCUGUGGAGAUAUCAAGAAAGGGAUCGCGACGGGGUUGUUUCAGUCUUUUGGGAGUACGAUGGGCAUCGCGACGGGUUAUCUCUUCCCUUCGACAGAUGGACCGAGUUAUAAGAAGGGGUUCUGGACGUUGUUUGCGGCGACAUGUUGGACUGGCGUUGGUGCUGCUUUCGUGACGGUGAUGAAUAUCAGAGAGAAUAGGAGGCGCGAUCGCGAGUUUGGGAAACCGCCUCGGGAUGUGGUGAUUGAUUACGAUGAGGAUGGACACAUGGAGAAUCAUCCUUACUGGAGAUUCUACCAUUAGACCUUUGAUAAUGUCUGGAGACGAAAAACGCUGGGUUGGAAGAUAUACAGCGACUGUUUCAGAGCGCUCAACAAUAGAGGGAACAGGAUUGACUCAGAUAGCUGUCUUUGUAGGAGUCUCGUGUCAAAGACUUGUGUUCUACUACUAUCGGCAGCUGUCUACUCUUCCCGCCUCAGACCUAUCGAACUCAAACGAGACAUACCUGAGAAUGCCGAGAACACGCAUCUAACAGCCUCAUUCUGAUUUGGCUUGAAGUAGGUUAGAAGUUUGUAGCGGUUGUCGCUAAGUACUAUUCUUAAUGCACUGUGAACUUAAGUAUGUCUUUUGUUGUUAUCUGAGUUAAGUCGUGAUCUCCCCGAGGGACAAUUCCCGGACUUCCAGAUUCAUGAACCAUCCUGUCUUGUUUUGAGGACUGGAGUCUUUCAAGAUGAUGCGUUGAGAAAGUAUCCAUGGAGAUGGGGAAUGAAGU